AUGUUCCAACACGUCAGCAUCCGCCACAUCCCGGCUCUCUACUUUGCCUUUGCCAACUGCGUGGGCCUUGUGAUGGAUCCUCUGAGCGGCCCUUGCAGCCUCAUCGAGCUCUACGGACUGCCGCCGGCCAUCGCCGACGUCCCGGAGACAUGGCCCGUCUGGCGGGCUGGCCAGGGACGCAUCAUCCUGCUGGGCCUCCUCAUGCAUGUCUUCUACUGGCGCCGCCAGUACGCCGUGUGCGACGUCCUUCUCGUGGGAACCGCCUUCCUCGGCAUCAACGAUUGCAUGGUGGUGUGGCACAACGGGGACAAGACUUGGGCCUGGAUUCGUCUUUUUGGCUCCUUUGCGUUUGGGGCGGCAGGAUUCUUCGGCCUCACCCAGGGCCCUGGGGCCAAGAACAAGAUUUCUUAG